GAUUUAUUUGCAAUCGUUCAAUGGCUUCAGACUCUUCCUCAACCUACAUUCUCAACCAUGCAGAUCUUCCUUCUCUCUACUAUCAAACCAACAAUGAAAAUGUUGGUAUUAUUGACUUGGGGCUUAGUCUUAGAGUUUUGCAGCCAGAAACUUAUAAUCAUUCCGGAAAUCCCAAUGUCGCAGAUGACUAUCACAAUCUGAUAGAAUGGAAUCAAUUGCACCCUUUUGAAAGUUCACAUGUUGGUGUCAAUUAUCCUAGGAAUACAGAUGACAACGUCGUCAUUGACCAAAACACACUCCAAAGGCAGCUGCAACGAAGCGAUUUUGUGAAGGUUAACAUGGAUGGGGUGCUAGUUGGUCGAAAAUUAAGUGUUAAUGAUCAUUCAAGUUACUCGGGUCUUGCAACUCAACUAGAAGACAUGUUUGGAAAUCAAUGUUUGAGUGGUUUACGACUAUUCGAAAGUGGUUCAGAAUUUUCGUUGUGGUAUAAAGAUAGAGAUGAACAAUGGAGGGUUGUCGGUGAUGUCCCAUGGAAGGAGUUUGUUGAUACUGUGAAGCGGAUUAGGAUCAUGCUUAAGGAUGAGACCCUCUUUCAGUUUACAUCCACAUUGGUCUAGUUAACCCUUCCCAUGUCUCGACCCAGCAUGCAUGCCAAUAAAAUACAUUGGAUAAAGAUAGGAAGCUAUUGACACAUUCAUGUUUUGGUGUUGUUGGAUAAAGAUAUCAUACCAUUAAGAAAGC